UGUCGCAGCCGAGUUACCAUGGAGACGCUGCGGGUGGACGUGGCGCUCGCCGAGCGCUUGUUCCUGCAGGCGUUACUGUGGCUGCGUCGCUACUCCAGUGCGAUAUGUCCGACAGCGAUGGUGGAAUAUCCGUACGUGUUUCACGCGAGAAUUGAAAGCGCAGCAGAGCAUUAUGUCUGGGCAAGCCCCGCAGAAGCGGAGGAAGUACAUAUACUUCGAGAAACUGCUGUUCCUCCUGCCAACGAUGGACUCGCUGAUCGCUGGUUCAGACCCCGCCACCGCAGGAGACGAUGUGUUGGUAAUUUCCCACAAGGUACAGACGCCGAGCCGCCCGCCUGACCAGAGGGACAAAUCGAAACCGAAGGCGGUGAAUGCUUCGUUGGACAAAGACAAGACGAUAAGUGCAACUGACGGGGAAAUGAAUUUCGCACUGUCUCUCGUGCCGAUGCUACAGUCGCUGAGUCCAGAAAAGAGAAUUGCUGCCCAAAUUGAAAUACUACAGGUAUUUCAGAAAUUCGGCUGUGGCCAGAACUGAAGAGCAGAGAACAAAAUGCGAGGGUACUGAAAAUUCCAACGCGAGACA